UGCUUGCUGCUCGGCGCUCACUGGGUUAUUUAACGCGCACGCGCAGCAGUCGUUUGCUUAAAGGCUUCUGUCGUCACAAACAGCUAGGGUGCCUUUGUGUAUAAGGGGAAGCCUAGCUGUGGCGAUGCUACUGGCAGCUUUGAGGCGAACGCUACCCCCUCUCUCCCGUUGCUCUGUUUUCCCUCUGGGGCGUGCCACUGUGAGCGUGGCCGCUCACUUUCACCAAAGUAGAGCCAAAGCAAGUCCUGACCCAAACAAACCAGUGAUUGGUUCCGUGUUGGACGUGGACCUGUUCGGGAUGGGGAUGUGGACCCUGGGUCUGGGGGCCAUCGGAGCUGCUGUGGCCGGGAUCUUCCUGGUCAACUCUGACCUGUGUGUCCCCAAAGUCAGCCCCUCUUCGCUGGAGCACCUCGCUAAUGCUGACCUACGCUCCACCACUGACGAAGGCGAGGUCAUCAAAGCAAAGAGUCUCUGGGAGAAGAACGGCGCCGUCAUCCUGGCCGUGCGGCGCCCCGGAUGAUCUUUGUGCAGAGAGGAGGCCUCCGAGCUGUCCUCUCUGAAGCCUCAGCUGGAAGAGCUGGGGGUCCCUCUGGUGGCCUUGGUGAAGGAGAGCGUCGGCACAGAGAUCCAAGACUUCAGACCGCACUUCGCUGGGGACAUUUACAUCGACGACAAGAAACAUUUCUACGGCCCCAAAAUGGGCGGCUUGGGGUUGUUCCGUCUGGCGGCGUUGCAGAACUACAUUCGGGCCUGGAGGUCCGGCUACCAGGGCAACUUGAAGGGUGAGGGCUUCAUCUUGGGUGGCGUGUUCGUCAUCGGCGCUGGAGAGCAGGGGGUCCUACUGGAGCACCGUGAGAAGGAGUUUGGCAACAAAGUGGAAGCGGCUCGCGUUCUUGAAGCCGUUAGGAAAAUAGUUCCUGGCAAAUAAGUAGAAUAGAAGGCUAAAUAUAAAACGGUAGAAGAAAUCAGUCAGUGCGUUGAGUAAUCAUAUGUAACAGUAUACCUCAAUCACGAGCAAACAGACCUCUGCGGACACGUUCGAGCUAGACGGGUAUGAAAACUGACUUGAUUCAUAGAUUGAAUUUGUUACAUGAAUUCCAACUUUGUUUACACUAACACACUACACUGGAAUUGUUUUUUGAGGGGGGUGUCAUACAUUAUCUCCCACUCAGACAUGGCUGGACGUGUGUGUAUAUGUGUGUAACCAAUGACGACUUGACUCAAAACCUCCAAAAGGAGAGGAGCAGGUUUGAUGCCCAAAACACACGCACACAUACACAUGGGUUCCGCCAUGCACCGUUGCCGCUCCGCUGAGGUGUCCUCGCUGGUGUAUAUGUGUGUGCGACAUGUGUGACACGUCAACAGCAACAAUAAAUGGACAUUUAUCACA